AGAACAAAAAAAAAACAAAACUUUUUACGUUUUAGGGUUUCGUCUUUCUCUUCCGCUCUCGGCCUUCGUGUAAUUGCCGGAAGAUGGGGAAGAAGAGACAGAAAGAUGCGGAACCCAAAUCCCAAAACGUGGACGUUUCGGCUCAAUUCGGGAUCUUUAGCACCCUCUUCGGCUCCGGCGUUCCCGAGGGAGAAACUACCGGUCUUUCCAGUCUAUUCUCCGACGACAACCCUUUCCGGCGGAAGGCGGAGGAGCCGAAUCCUGUCGGGGACGAGGAGAAAUCGGAGUCUGCAGGUUCCGAUGGGAAGAAAGGCAAGGAGAAGAAACGGAGCAUCGAUGCGGAUAAACCGGCGAAGAAUGGUGAUGAAGAAAUAGCCGUGACGAGUUAUGUGAAAGGGAAGCGACCUAAGAAAGAGAUGGAUAAUGGUGGCUCGAAUGAUGAGAAGGAUUCUGAUAUGGGUAUUGCACAAGAGGGCAAACCUGUGUUGGGUAAUGAGUCGAAGAGGAAGAAGAGGAAGAGGGAUGAGAUAGAGAAGGAAUACGAGGUGAAGAAGUACGGAAAGGCGCCCGAGGCUGGAGAGGAGAAGGAGAAGAAAGUGGGAGAGAAGAGGAAGAAAUCAGACGAAGUGGCGGAUACGACAAUGGUUUCGAAGGAAGGAUUUGAUGACGAGAGUAAGCUGCUAAGAACCGUUUUCGUAGGGAACCUUCCACUGAAAAUCAAGAAAAAGGCGAUAUUGAAAGAGUUUAGCAAAUUCGGCGAGGUUGAGUCCGUGAGGAUUCGGUCUGUUCCGAUCGUGGAUACGAAGAAGACGAGGAAGGGAGCUAUAAUGCAGAAGCAGAUCAAUGAGAAUGCUUCAAGUGUUCAUGCCUAUGUUGUGUUCGAAUCGGAGAAGUCUGCUGAAGCAUCUCUGGCACAUAACAUGUCACUGGUCGGUGGCAAUCACAUCCGAGUUGAUAGUGCAUGCCCACCUCGGAAGAAACUGAAAGGGCAGGCUGCUCAGCUGUAUGACCUGAAAAGGACCGUCUUUGUUGGUAACCUCCCGUUUGAUGUGAAGGAUGAAGAACUGUACCAGCUGUUUACCAGUAUGAACAAUGUGGGGAACAGUGUUGAAGCUAUCCGUGUUGUUAGAGAUCCUCACCUGAACAUUGGAAAGGGAAUCGCAUAUGUCUUGUUUAAGACAUGGGAAGCUGCAAAUCUUGUCUUGAAAAAGAGAAACUGGAAACUUCGGGAUAGAGAACUACGCCUUUCUCGGACUAAAUCCGAUUCAACUCCAUCGAAGAGGAAGAGCCAUGCUUCAGAAGCUUACUCACCUGCCAAGAAACUGGCAAGGGACAAAACCACGUCUUCUGGAGACAAAGAGAAGGAGAAAUUGGACAGGAAGGCCGUCCUUUCGUAUCAAGGUUUACGGGCAACAAAAUCGGGUGGAAACAAGAAGAUUGCCCAUCAGAAAAGCCCCGGAUCAGCAAAGACAAAGCCGAAAGGGGCGGGAGAUCAAACUGGGCAUCUGAAGCAGAGGAAGCAGAAGAGGCCAUCAGUUGCUGCAAGGAAGGCUAGAGCAAAAGGCUCCCAAGAAAAUGAUGUUAAGCGGGCAGGGAUUAAGCGUAAGCAUGACAGCCGGACGCCCGAAAGUUUCUCCCGGAAGAAGAAACCAAAGCGAUUUUAGGACAUUUCAAGACUGUCGCAAAUGGUUGUCAGACUUCUGUUUCUGAAUCGGGUUCCUAUAAUGAUACGAGCCCUUUUGAUAUAUGUUACGUCAGUUGCCUGAACUGGUGCAAUCCCUGAAUUUUGUAUUCGCAUAUAUAUUUCAGCUUUCAGACGAAUCAAAGAAUCUUCUGUCAUAUCAAGAAUAUGUGUUUCCAUUGACA